CAAUGUCAGUUAGGAGUGCAUCCACCACAAAUUUUACAUCAUUUCUUUUCCUUUUGUGUCCGUUCCCUUUGAGGACACAUGUAAUUUUGGUCUAAUUUUAUUUUUAGGUAUUAAUCAGCAAACUCAAAUAAAAUUAUUCAUUAUGCCAUCCGACGCAAAAAAACGUGAACAACAACGUAAAAAAGAAGCAGCGAAAGCAAGACAAGCCGCUGGGAAAAAAGUCGAAAAACCGAAAACCGAAGAACAAAAUGAUGUUACUAAAACUAAUGGUCAUGACAACAAUUCCACUACCAACGGAUCUAUAGAACUUAGCGCGGAAGAGGCUUUAUGUGCGAAACUCGAAGCCGAUGCUCGUUUAAAUGCGGAAGCUCGUGCUUGCACCGGCUCUCUAGCGGUUCAUCCAAAAUCUAGAGAUGUAAAAAUAGCGAAUUUUUCCAUAACUUUCCAUGGUUGUGAAAUGUUACAAGAUGCUCUACUGGAGUUGAAUUGUGGAAGAAGAUACGGUCUCCUAGGUUUAAAUGGUAGUGGAAAAUCCACGAUUUUAGCUGUGCUAGGUAACAGGGAAGUACCCAUUCCAGAACAUAUAGAUAUUUUCCAUUUAACUAGAGAAAUGCCCGCGUCUGAUAAAACCGCCCUACAAUGUGUAAUGGAAGUUGAUGAAGAAAGAGUUCGACUAGAAAAGUUAGCAGAAGAAUUGGUGGCUUGUGAUGAUGACGAAUCCCAGGAACAGUUGAUGGACAUCUACGAAAGAUUGGAUGAUAUGGCGGCUGAUACAGCCGAAGCUAGGGCUGCUAAUAUCCUCCAUGGUCUUGGUUUCACUCGCGAGAUGCAAAAUAAGAAAACUAAAGAUUUCAGUGGAGGAUGGAGAAUGCGUAUCGCUUUAGCCAGAGCCCUUUAUGUCAAACCUCAUUUGCUGCUAUUAGAUGAACCUACUAAUCAUUUAGAUUUGGAUGCUUGCGUAUGGUUAGAAGAAGAAUUAAGAAAUUAUAAAAGAAUUUUGGUUUUGAUUUCUCAUUCUCAAGAUUUCUUGAACGGAGUAUGCACAAAUAUAAUACACAUAAAUAAAAAGAGGCUUAAAUAUUACACAGGUAAUUAUGACGCUUUCGUUAAAACCAGAAUGGAAUUGCUGGAAAACCAAAUGAAGCAAUAUAAUUGGGAACAGGACCAAAUUAACCACAUGAAAAAUUACAUAGCACGUUUCGGUCACGGUUCGGCUAAAUUGGCUCGACAGGCGCAAUCAAAAGAAAAAACACUUGCUAAAAUGGUAGCGCAAGGUUUGACAGAAAAAGUUGUUAGUGAUAAAAUUGUUAGUUUCUAUUUUCCGAGUUGCGGUACAAUACCACCGCCCGUGAUCAUGGUACAGAACGUUAGUUUUAGAUAUAACGACUCGUCUCCUUUGAUAUACAAAAAUUUGGAGUUCGGUAUCGACUUGGAUACGAGAUUGGCUCUUGUGGGGCCCAACGGAGCAGGAAAAAGUACUUUGUUGAAAUUAUUAUAUGGCGAGUUAACCCCAACCGAGGGUAUGAUUAGAAAAAAUUCCCAUUUACGUAUUGCCCGUUACCAUCAACAUUUACACGAAUUGCUGGAUUUAGAUCUAUCCCCACUAGAGUACAUGAUGAAAGAAUUCCCGGAUAUAAAGGAAAAGGAAGAAAUGAGGAAGAUAAUUGGACGGUACGGUCUCACCGGAAGACAACAGGUGUGCCCCAUCAGGCAAUUAUCGGAUGGUCAAAGAUGCAGGGUGGUGUUUGCUUGGUUGGCUUGGCAAGUACCCCAUAUGCUUUUCCUCGACGAACCCACCAACCAUUUGGACAUGGAGACCAUCGACGCUCUAGCCGAUGCUAUAAACGAAUUCGAAGGCGGAAUGGUUUUGGUCAGUCACGAUUUCAGGUUAAUCAGUCAGGUUGCUGAAGAGAUUUGGGUGUGUGAGAAGGGUACGGUAACUAAAUGGCCGGGUGAUAUUCUAUCUUAUAAGGACCAUUUGAAGUCGAAAAUAUUGAAAGAUGCCGAUGGUUAUAAAACAUUGAUGGAAACAAUUAAACAUUCAAAUAAUCUGCCACAAGGCUCCAAUUGGAAUUUCUACAAUACUCACAGCGGUUUUGUGAAAAUAAUUAACGACGAAAGUGAAAACGUGCUUAAACAAAUUAAUGUCCUCCUUAGAACGAAUCAGGUGGAGGGUAAUAUGCGCAAUAGAUGCUUGGAGGAAAAAACAGAACUUCUAGUAGAAGGUAUCGAUAAUAUUUUAGAAAGAGUAGCCAAUAACAUCGAUGAAUUAAAUGGAAUAAAAAAAACUGGCAACGCGCCUAUUAUAAUACAAACUGUGAGUGCCCAUUUACCCGUUAAUGGAUCUUGGAACAAAUCUACAAUUUCGCAGAAUAACUCGAAAAAUAAAGGAAACAUUAUUCAGUUGCUCGGCGCUAAAAACAUCGUUAGACCUCAGAAAUUUUUUAAAGAUAAAAUAAUAAACAGCAGUAGUAUACCAUGGGAACCGAGGAUAAAAGAAAAACCGAAUUCCAUAAAACCUCUUGCCAUAUUUUUGGAAGAAACUGCAAACGGGGAAGAAUAUUCUCAUCCGUACGAGACUGAAUUAGAUAAAUUCAAACCAUUAGAUAAACAAUUAAAAAGGGAAAUUCCAAUUCAGCCUUUACCUGUAGCAGAAACUGCACUAAUAGAAGUAACAGAACCGGCGCAAUUAAAUGAUUUAGUUGAUGUUCUAAACAAAUGUACGGAAUUCGCGGUGGAUUUGGAACAUCAUUCUUACAGAUCAUUCAUGGGGAUCACGUGUCUCAUGCAGAUUUCCACAAGGGAUACGGAUUAUUUGAUAGAUACUCUAUCUUUGAGGGAUUCUCUUUGGUUGUUAAACGAAGUGUUUACUAAACCUACAAUAUUGAAAGUUUUUCAUGGUGCAGAUAUGGAUAUUCAAUGGUUACAACGAGAUUUAUCUUUAUAUGUUGUUAAUAUGUUCGAUACUUAUCAAGCAGCUAAACAAUUGGAAUUAUCGGGUCUUUCUUUGGCUUACCUUAUGCAAAGGUAUUGUAAUUUCCUUCCUAAUAAGCAAUUUCAGUUGGCCGAUUGGAGGAUAAGACCGUUACCAGAGGAAUUGAAGAAUUACGCCCGGGAAGAUACGCAUUACUUGCUGUACAUUUAUCAGAUGUUGAAAAAUGAGUUGUUGGAUAGAGCUAAUGGUAAUACAAACGUUUUAGUUUCUGUUAUAAAUAAAUGUACGGAAGUUUGUAAAACGAGAUAUUUCAAACCUGUUCUACGAGAAGAUACUUACAUGGAUUUUUACAGAAAAUGUAAAAGGUCCUUCGAUAACAGGCAGUUGUAUGCAUUAAAGGAACUAUAUAAAUGGAGGGAUCAAUUAGCAAGAGAAGAAGACGAAAGUACAGGUUACGUAUUACCAAAUCACAUGUUACUCCAAAUAGCCGAAGCAUUACCCAGAGAAAUGCAAGGGAUAUUGGCGUGUUGCAACCCCAUACCACCCCUAGUCAGAUCAAAUUUACUAGAACUCCAUCAAAUUAUAUUACGAGCUAGAGAACAACCAAUAGAAAAGCCGAUCUUUAAAGAAGAUACAAGAGCCAGGGGGACCACCAUGAAGAUAUUUAAAAUAAACGUCGAUAGCCCUUUACAUUGCCCCCACGAUUUAACUAAUACGACUGAGUUUAGGGAUGAUUUACCUACCGUUUUAGGGCACGAUAUUAAUUCUAAUAUAAAAAAGUUGUCGACAAGUCGAUUGGAAAAUGAAUGUACCACAGCGGUUUUGUCGGUAUUCGACAUCAGGGGUGGAGUUGAGGAAAAGAAAAUAAACGAAAAAAUGAAGAGUUUUAAAUUUUUGGAACCUUUCAAAAGAUACAUGUUGGUUAAACCAUACAUACAAAGCGAAGAAAAUAAAUUAACGGCGAAGGAAAAUUCGGAAACUGCACAAAAUGGCGGUACAGUUGAAAGAACAGAUGAAGAGAGAAUCGAAUCGAUACGGGAACACUUUUUGAAUUUAUCCAGAAAAGAAUCGCCCGUCGUCGAACCCGAUCGAUCGUUGGUGCAAAUGGGAGGUACCAAAAGGAGGAGGUCCCCCUCGCCCCCGGUUAGGGAACAAUCGCAGUCGGUGCAUCCGGUUUAUCUACCGAUUUCAAAACAGAAUAGUGACGCGUCAAGGAAACGGAAAUCUAAUGAUAAAUCAGACGAUGCUUCAUCCAAAAAAAAACCGUUCGAUAAACAACAGGAAAAAGUAAGACAAGAAAAAAAUGAAAAACGACUAGAAGAAAAUAAAGAUUCCCAAAACGUAAACAAAACCGCGAAAAAUUCCAAACAGCGAAGGAAAAAAGGACAACAGUUCAGUCCUUACGAUUACAGCUCAGUAGAUUUCAGACAGUUCCAAGGGGGAGCAGGAAGUAUUUCAAAACCACAAGAAACCAAGAAUACUAUUCGGUUUAAGAGAAGAAACUACGAUAGCAAAAGAGGAAACAAAUCAGCCACGUUUGGAAAAACUUCGAUAUUUAGAGGACGAAGCGGGGGACCUUAAUUUUUGAUAAAUACGCAUUAAAAAUGUAUUAAAAUGUUAUUAUUUCGUGUUUGUAUAAUAAAAAUUAUUGAAUA